ACUUAGAUUGCAUUCAGUAUAUACAUUUUAUCAUUUAAUCUUAAGCCAAAGUUGAAAAAAAACUUUUUAUAGGGAAAAAUAAAUAAAUAAAAAUUUGGUAAUGCCUUAGUAGAGCUUAGUUGUGUGCCUCUGAUUAAUGAGCACUCAUUGCUCAGGUGAUGUUUCAGAUUUGUUGAAUUUUGAUAAUUAAAUUCAAAGCCAUACAAAGAAGAAAAAAAAACUCAACUGCAUUUAAUUUAUAUAAUUUAAGGCCAACAACAGGAUUAUUGCUGGUGCUUUUAAGCACAGUUCAUGAGUUCACAUGUAUAUAAAAGUGAGGAGAUGGAGUGGAGGAGGGAUACUGAUAAACACUCAGAAGAACAAAGGUAAGUCUGCUGUAUUUAUACCUCUUGUUAUUGGUUGAGUUGAUUAACUGAAUGCUCUCCACCUGUGCUAAUCAGGUUAAUUAUCUGAACCUGCUCCUCCCGAAUCUUGUUAAUGAAACAUCAUAUAUUUUUGUCCUCAAUCAAUAGCCGUAAUUUAUGAUUUCUUGUAGUUUAUAUCUAUAUGUAAAGCCUUAUGAAUUUUAGGAGGAAGGGCAUCAACAUAAUAUAGUAAAAGUAUAAAGCAAGCUCAUUUGAAGCAAUAAGCUCCUCCUCUGUGGUUCUUCACUGUCCACACACAUGAAGAUACCAUAAAAGCGAUCAGACAUCCACAUCAACAACUCAGGUGAAAACUUCAAAAUGGAAACCAGCAAGAUCAUCUCAACUGACAAAGCUACAGUUGUCAUCCAAAUAAAUCCACAGGUGACACAAAAUACUGUUAUGAGUGAUGAUGGACAGGAGGCCAGAGGAGCAUAUCAUAAUACGGCUCUCGCAGAAUUUUUCACAGCACAACCAAAGGCACUGGGGACUGUGCAAAUAAUGAUUGGAGUGGUGGUUUUCUUAUUUGGCAUCCUACGCAGCAUCAAUGACAUUCACUAUUACCGAGAUGUUUCUGUCAUUAGUGGAAUAACCUACUGGGGAUCCCUUGUUUACAUCAUUGCUGGAUCUCUGUCUGUUGCUGCGCACAAUAAACUUCACCUGUGUGUGGUAAAAGCCUCUCUUGUAAUGAAUGUGAUCAGUGGCAUGACUGCAGUGACCGCCAUUGUUCUGAUGUCCAUAGAGUUAAAACUCGUUUCCAGUGAAGUUUGCUACAAUUACAAUUAUAAUUGUUUCCUUUUUAAGACACAUAAUCUGGGGAUCACUGGAAUAUUGCUGGUGUUCUCCAUCCUUCAGUUCAUCAUCUCCAUCUGUAUCUCAGGAUUUGCCAGAAAAGCCACCAGCAACACCGACUCUACAGUGGUCAGUGUGGAACUAAACCAGGGAUACUGAGUCACAGUAAGAAGAUCCUACAUCUAAAGGUUGCAGUUUGCAAGGAAUUAAUAUCUCAUAUUAUUGCUUCUGAUUACUCAAGCAUGUUUUUUUUUCUCUACACUGUAAAAAAAUCAAGUUGAGCUAACUUAAUAAAAUAAGGCAACUUAUCGCAUUCAACUUUUUAAGUUAACUCAGCUAA